GUUUAUUUCCGGAUGUUUUUAUGUUGACGCGAAAAAAAUUGUUUGUUAAAUAUUUUUGUAGUAUUGAAUACGUACAUUUAUAUAUAAAACCAACGCUUCUUAUUAAGAGCUGUAAUACGAUGUUCUUACAAUACAUUGUUGCGUUAAAAAAUUCUAAAUAAAAAGAGGACUAAUUAAAAAAAUAACGUUAGGCUUAACUCGUAUUGGAAGUCUCAGAUACUUUAGUGAAAAGAUGCAUUAUAAAAAGUUUAAUAUAGUCAGUAACAAUUAUUCAUUUGUAAUAUGGGGUUUGACAAUGCAUCUGAUACUGUUAUGGGGUGUACUCGAUGUGAACUUCCAUUCUCCUAUUAUUCAAGAAUUGUCAAAUGUGCCAAUACUGAAAAAUGCACCAGCAAAAAGAUUGAUCUUAUUUGUAGCAGAUGGCUUGAGAUUCAGAACUUUUAUUGACGCACCACCAAAAUAUCUCAAACACAUAAUGACAGACAAAGGUGCUUGGGGUAUAUCUCACACAAGAAUGCCAACGGAAUCUAGGCCAGGUAUUGUUGCAAUUUGUGCGGGAUUAUACGAAGAUCCUAGUGCUAUAUUUAAAGGCUGGAAGGAAAAUCCUGUUGACUUUGAUUCUAUUUUUAAUCAGAGUUAUGUUUCGUGGGCAUGGGGAAGUCCAGACAUUAUACCUAUGUUUACAAGAGGUACAAGGGACAAUAUACACGGUGAUAGCUAUCCUGCCGAAUGGCAAAAUUUUGAUAUAAUGCAUGGUCAGAUUUGGCGUUUAGAUUCCUGGGUAUUUGACAAAUACAUUGAUUGGCUCAGGGAGGAUGCUCACAAGUAUAAAAACGCUGAACGUGUCGUUCUGUUCCUUCAUCUGCUUGGCUGUGAUACCACAGGACAUACAGCGAAACCUUAUUCCAAAGAAUAUGUUGAGAACAUGAAUUAUGUCGAUCGGAAAAUAGAGGAAGUUGUGCAAAUGACGGAAAAUUUUUUUGGUGAUAAUAAUACUGCGUAUAUUUUCACAUCUGAUCAUGGAAUGACUGAUUGGGGAUCACAUGGAAGUGGUUCUACAGAUGAAACGGAAACACCAUUGAUCGUUUGGGGUGCAGGAAUUAAUGCAUUUAAUUUUCGUCAAAAUGUAGAGCAAGUCGAUAUCACACCGCUAAUUUCGGCCUUGAUUGGUGCUCCAAUUCCAAUUAACAACGAAGGUGUUUUACCAUGGCAGUAUUUAAGUACUACUAAUCUUAAAUACGUAAAUCAUGCGCUAUUAAAUAAUUUGAAACAAUUAACAUACCAAGUAAAGGCAAAUCGCAAAAUGAAUUGUGAAGAUAACGGAUUUGCAGAUUGGAGAGAGAUAGAAUUAGAUAAUAAAAUUUCUAUUUUAGAUAAAGAUUCCAAAACGGAGGAUUCAAAUGAGAAAUUAAAGGAAAUAAUUGAUGGAAUUAAGCUAGCCAAAAAGUCUUUGAUAUAUUUUCGACAAUAUCAAAGAAAACGGUUUCUGUUAUAUUUGUCUGUAAUAUGGCUUGGAUGGAUAACACUGUUAUUCUUCAAAAUAACUGGAGUUAAUCGACCCGUUAUCAAUUCUUUUAUCUUAUUAACAACAGACUGUGUAUUUAUAGUCAUAGUGAUUAUUAUAUUUAUUACGCAUAAAGGUAAAAUAGUUUCAGGUUGUAAUAAUUGGAGAUUACCUUGUUAUGCAUUUUUAGCCAUGAUUUCUUCCUGGCUAGCUAUUCGAAGUAUAAUUAUGUACGCAGUAAAAUUAAAAGUCUGCAACAACAAAUAUUAUUGGACAAUAAUUGCAGAAAUAAUCUUUUUAUUUAUAACGAUGUUUGUUGGCUUAACACAUAGAUUCGUUCUUAGCGUAGGAAUGUUAUGUGUUACUGUUGUUCAGAAGAUAUUGCAAAAGAACGCUCGAAAUUUAUUCUCUUGGACAGCGGUAUGUUUAGCUGUUUUUCCGCUGUUACCUGUUGUAGAGCCAUAUCCACGAGUUUACAUUAUAAUUCUAAGUAUAUGCGUUGUAAGUGUAAUGGUUGCAUUAAAAAUGCAAUCAAAAUAUAAGAAAGCAAUCGAAAUUUUUCGCCUAAUAACCACAGGAUUAACAUACGUAGAAUUUAUAGACGGACGAAGUUGGAUAUCAUGGACAAUUUUAUUAACGACACCAUUGUAUAUUUUUACUUAUUCUACCCAAUUGAGAAAAAGAUUGCAAGGAAUCAUGUUGGGACUUUUCUGCCCGCUUGUUUUAUUAUCUGCAUCUUAUGAACCGUUUUUCUUUAUAAUUCUUGCGUUACAUUUGUCUUGUUGGUCUAAUGAGUCUAAUGCAUCUUCUAUACAGGAUUAUCAAAGUAAUAAGAAUCCUUUGACAAUAGAAGAGUUGCUUAAAGCAGUAAUCUUUAUGUUAUAUACGUUAUUAUGUUUCUUUGGAACUGGGAACAUGGCAAGUAUCAGUUCAUUUGAUCCUUCUUGGACUCGUCAUUUCGUAACGGUUUUCUCUCCAUUUACAAUGUUCCUGUUGAUACUUUUAAAAUUAAGCAUUCCGUUAAUGUUAAUAGGAUGCACUAGUCACGUACUUGGAUCUUCCAAUAUAUUUUUAGGUGUGCUUUUACUGGGAGAUUGUUUAUCUUUACCACUCAUGUAUUACGUUACUCCUCAAGGAAGUUGGCUAGACAUUGGUAGUGCUAUAAGCAGAUUCACAAUUGCCAUUUUUCUUCCAUGUCUUAUAGUAUUAUUGCAUUAUCUUUCAUAUCCUCUGAUAACAUUUUGUCCAAACAAACUUAAAUUUUACACUAAUUUAAAAAGAACUGUAUUGUACAAAAGACAUAAAAUAUGUAAAUAAAUAAUCGAAGAUUUAUUUAUAAUAAAAUGAUCAAGUAAA